GGCCGCCGCCGCCAUGCCCGGCCCCACCACACGCGUGCAGCACGGCGCCGCGCCCCGGAAGCAGGCAAAGGGGAAGGAAACGGCCGCCAUUUUGUGGGAGGGCGCUGAGGAAGGGCAGAGCGCGGCGGCGGCCGAGGACGAGCAACCAUGGCUGGCCAUGACUCGGGAUCUCAACACCAGUUCACUGGAUUUCAGAAGUACUUCAAUUCCUAUACCAUGGUGGGCAGGAGGAAUUAUGUUAUAGCAACAUACACAGGCAUUGCAAUGCUCAUCUUAUAUUUCAAGCUUAGAUCUAAAAAGAAGACUCCUGCUGUGGCAGAUAAGUAAAUGGUUGCUGGCAUGUCUGAACCUGCAUUGUUUCAAUGUAACGGAAGCUGAUGUCCUAUUCUGGCUAAUAAAAUAUAAACAA